AUGGGCAAGCCAGCGUGGACGAAGCGCACGACCCAGCUGCCUGCUGUCCUGCGAGAAGAACUAGAAGCAUCGGGCAAGCUAGCGCCCCGAUCUGGACCCGGUGCACCAGGUAGCGCAGCUCACAGGAAGGCGCAAAGGAAAGCGAAACGACAUGCAUCGAAGCAAGCUGCACCUCGUCCGAAGGCCCCUCAACAGCUGCAGUCUUAUGAGCCUCGUGAAGACGCACCCGUGCUCGAGCAGCAGGUGGGCCCUAGUAGCGCAUCAAGCGCAAAGGCAAGAGGAAAGAGGAAAGCGUUGGACACAGACACACCGCUCGAGCGUCUCCUACAGUCUGUCUCCAAUGGAGAUGACCGUCCCGAAGGUGCCUCAAGUAGCUCCCGGUCUGGUGGCAAGAGCAAGCGAUUGAAAGCGAGCAACUCUCUCGAGAAACAAGAAGAAGCAGAAAUCGCAUGGCUCGAAGCGGCGCUGGGUCGCGGCAGAUCGUCUCAGGCAGAAGCAGAGUUCCAAGAAGACGGACUCGAUGACUUGUUGGGCGAUUUAGACGCCCUUGAGGAGCGCCUCGAUGCUGAUGAGGACGAAAGCCCAGAUGACGCAAGCGAUGACGAGAACGAGCUGACGGACGCUACGGAUGAUGAGGAUGAGGAGAUCGAGGUUGGCGAAGAUCUGCUUGAGAUGGGUAGUCAGGACGAGAGCGAGCCUGCGCAGGAGCAUCUCAUCCCGCGAGCCGCAGCACUCGGAGAGACCGACACGCCACAACCAAGCACAUCAGCCUACGUCCCGCCCGCGCUACGCCGAGCACAGCUCCCUCAAUCCGUUGCAAAGCCAUUGCCCGACCAGCCAGUGGACCCACGUCUGCGGCGCAUCCUUCUCGGCCAGCUGAACAGAUUGUCCGCCUCGAAUUUUGCCAGCAUUCUCACUGCCAUCGAAUCGCUCUACGCAUCCCAUCCUCGUGCCAUUCUGACUUCUGCCCUCAUCGAGACCCUGCUGGGCAUGAUCACAUCGGGUGGAGAAAGUCUCGGCGAACUCGCCGUGUUGUGCUGGGCUGCACUUGUCUCUGCACUCAAUAAGCGAAUGGGUCAAGAAGUGGGCGCCGGCUUCAUUGCAAAGUCUGUCGAAACGCUCGAUGCUCACUCGUCCGAGUCAGAUGCAGCAGGGAAGACGAGGCUCAAUAUGGCUACCUUCGUUUCGCAUCUCUACAACUUUCGUGUGCUUGCUUGUCCGCUCAUUUACGAUCUCAUUCGGGAAUCUAUCGAUUCUGGCCUGACCGAGGGUGACGUCGAAGUCCUGCUGCGUAUCAUCAGAGUGAGCGGUCAGCAGCUGCGCACGGAUGACCCGACUGCUCUGAAGACGAUCAUCCAGCUCGUCAAUGAUAAGCUCAAGAGCGUUCCGACAGCCAGUAUGACAUCCCGCACCAAGUUCAUGAUCGAGACGCUCUCGAACCUAAAGAACAAUCGUCUCAAGUCAUCCACAGCAGGCAAUCCGAUCUUGGCAGAAUCAGAGACUUCUCUUCGCAAGCUCGUAGCGAGUCUGUCGAGCACGAGAGCGGGUGCAUCCAGUGAUCCCUUUCGGUUCUCCUUGCGAGAUCUGCGAGAAAGCGAUACCAAGGGCAAAUGGUGGCUGUCUGGUGCUGGCUGGAAGGGCGACCAAGUGACGGACACACCUGCUCCCUCAGCGCCGACGGUCGGACCGGUCGCGAGCAAUGGUCAGAAUGCGACAUUGCUCAAGCUUGCAAAGCGACAAGGCAUGAACACCGAUGUACGGCGAAGCAUCUUCAUCGUCUUGAUGAGCAGCCAGGACUACAUUGACGCAGCCGACGGUUUGGCCGACUUGCGCUUGACGGAAGUGCAGCAGCGCGAGACUAUCCGUGUGUUGUUGCAUUGCGCCGGGCAAGAGCGUCGCUUCAAUCCGUAUUACGCUCUCGUCAUGGCAAAGCUACUCAGCAUCGAAUCACCGGCAGCUCAGUCUUAUCGCAUCACGCUGCAAUACUGUCUCUGGGACUUUCUCCGAGAGCUCGGCGAGAGCGACGUAGGUGGCGCAGACAUCAUCAAAGCACACAGCGUGAGCUCGAGCUCGGUUGAGCCUCAGAGAAUGAGCAACCUUGCCCGGUCAUAUGCAUGGUGGAUUGCAAAAUCUGGCCUGGGACUGCAAUUGCUCAAGCCUUUGACGAUACAGCUCAUCCGACCCCAAACAAUUGCAUUCUUGCAGCAGCUUCUCGUCUACACGUGCCUAUCGACGCAGUCAAGCAGUCCGCUGCUGAUCAAGUCGAGUUUCUCGCCCGUCAAGAAUGUCGAAGCACUCGAAAAGAUCUUUGGCAGGACGAGCAAGACGCCAGGUCUAGCGGACAAGCUCAUGUACUUCUUCGACAAGCACCUGAAGAGUCGUAAGGCGAUCGAAACGGCGCUCGCCUCGAGCUCUGCCAGCGAUGUCGAACUCGCACUAUGGUCGCUCAAAGCAGCCAAGCUGGUAUUGGAACGCUCUGGUACUAGCAUAGACGACGAUGAACCGAUCGUGGAGGAGUUCGAUUAA